AUGGCUAUUUACGUAUUAAUUGUUGAGACAACGUUGAAAGCUGUGCCAGGAUUGAUCAUGGUAGUCUCGACAACCGCCGGAUCGACUGUAAUGGUCAACAUAAUGGCAUAUGUUACUGGAAUGAGUAAUCCCAUAUGUCAUGCCUGUCAUCCGUUCAUUUUUGCAUUCGCGCACCGCGACUUUAAAGAAGUCCUGUACCGAUCUCCGGUUAGUGAUGCUGCUAAGAUACUCUGGAUAUAUCAAGAAUAUUAUGUCUACAGUAUCCCAGUUACGUCACUGGUCCAGGCAAACAGCGUGGAUAUCUAA